GCUUUUACUAGCCAACAACAUAGCACUUCACACUCUCCAUCAGCAUCUCUAGACGUAGUCCUCCGCCCUAGCUGUCGAACGAUACCGGAUUCGAGAGAUCCCGGCGGGUCAUCGCGAUCGUCGAUCAGCAGACAAGCUAGACAAGUAAACAAACAGACCGAGUCCGGACCUCCUGCUAUAGCACUCUAGCUCGUCUCGGGCGGCAGGAUAUACCUUGCAACGAUAUAGGACAUGGGCGAGCCAUCUACGCCGUCAGCAGCUUCCUCUUCCGGUAUCCUCACACCUCCUCCGCCCGGCAGCCCUGAUCAAUGGAUAGACCACAACCAGAGCCGUCGGUCUUCGACGUUGAGUGCCGACCCUUCCCACAUCCCGCUCUCAGGGUCGGCUCGACAUACGGACUCGUCAUUGAGAUCACCGACUCCUCGUAGUAAAGGAGGAUCCAGCGGGUCUUUACCUACAGGAUACAUCUAUCCACUAGCUGUCGAGGAUGUGACCGUCUUGACCCCGGAAGUUCAGGACUUUAAGCUCGCGCGAUUUCUCCCGUGCCGGACGGAAGACUGUGAUUGUACGGGUCUGAGACCACCAGAAGGAGCUCAGAUCCGUCUGCAAGUGAAAAAGAACAAGGGCAAGGAGAAGGAGAUCGACUUUAAGCCUAUCCUGUGGGAUAUCUGCGGGCAAUGCGGACAUGGUUGGAGAUCAGACGACGAGCCAGAUGGAGGACACACGUUGAGCGAGGAUAUCGGCGAGGACGAGCAGCAACGACGGCGGAGGGUAGCUGGACGGAUAGAGGAACUUUAUAAUGACAAGCAAAAGCUAUUAGAUUUCGAUUACAGCGAUCCAGAUAUAGAUGGGCUACGGCCACAACUGGACAGCUUCACCGCUGUGGGUUCGAAACGCCCAGGUAAAUCUACGGCCCGGGAAGACUCGCCCGCUUCCAGCCCGGGUACACCUCUUCAAGCCGCGUUAAUGAACUCGCCAAGGCCAAGUAGGAAGCGACGACGGACAGGUUCAGAAUCUGCAGAGCAAUCUGGCUCAGAGGACGGAACGGACAAGCGAAAAGAGCAGGGCUCAAAGGCAGACAAUGAGGAUGAACCAAUGGCGAGUUCUUCAGAAGACGACGAACCACUAGCCAAGAUGGCCAAGACGAAUCACGUCAACGGGAUUGCCAGUUCGAGAUCUGUACCAGGUCCAGGACAAGGAGGACGAAGUUUGGCAGGAAAAGGUGCAGGGAAGGGCAAGGGGAAACAGCGAGAACCCAUAUCCGUCGUGCGGAAGGAAGGAGACGACAUGGUCGUAGAUGACGAGGGAAGGCCAAUACACAAAGCGGGUCUGAGUGUAGGGCAUGCGGAAGACGAGGCCCUCGUCAAGAAAAGUGCGGAAAAGGAGAUGCCCUCGAAAGCUCAAGAGGUCGCCGCGAAACAAGUGGAAGAAGCGGCGGACGUCGUUAAUCGUCUGACCCAGGGGGUGACGGUCGAUGUCGAUCAAGAGAUGCGAACCACAGGACUGGCCGAAGACGUCGACGUGGAGGAGAUUGAGGACUGGGGGGAUCUCGACGUCGACCCAUUACCUGCCAAAUCUGCCGCCGAGGAGUUCGAGCAAGACGUCAUCCGCUUGCCGGUGGUCUCGUCGGUCGAGCCGUCACCGGUGUCCUCGAUCGUCCUCAUUGGCCUCAAAAACCUCUUUCAGAAACAGCUCCCCAAAAUGCCACGGGAAUACAUCACCAGGCUAGUCCUCGACAACAAUCACUACUCUAUGGCAAUCGUCAAGCGAGGUUGGCGAGUUGUCGGAGGCAUCUGCUAUCGACCCUUUGAAAGUCGAGGUUUCGCAGAAAUCGUCUUUUGUGCAGUAGAUUCCACAGAGCAGAUUCGGGGUUAUGGAUCUUUCAUGAUGACCGCCGUGAAAGAUUACAUACGGAAAGCCCAUCCCACGAUCCACCAUUUCUUGACGUACGCCGAUAACUAUGCUAUCGGAUACUUCAAGAAGCAAGGUUUCAGUAAGGAGAUUACCUUUCCAAGGGAGAGAUGGGUUGGCUACAUCAAGGACUAUGAUUCUGCGAACCUGAUGCAGUGCAAGAUGAUCCCCAAGGUCAACUACCUCGAGUCGCACCAAGUCUUGCAUCGGCAAAAGGCGGCCGUUUUGGCAAAAAUCCGGACGAUUUCUCGAUCACAUGUGGUCCGGGCGGGUCUGAGCAUAUUCAAGGACCGCAAGCCUGGCGAGGUGAUCAAAUUGUCCAAGGACCGGAUACCAGGCUUGGCGGAGAGUGGAUGGGAUCCAGAGAUGGAUGAAAUUAUCCGACAACCGGUUCGGAACCGUUAUCACGUCCUGCUUCGUCAGAUCCUGGAUGAUAUGCAGAGCGAGACCGCGGCUUGGCCGUUCCUGAAUCCUGUCAAUGGGGAAUUGAUCAAAGAUUACUAUCAGACGAUCAAGGAGCCGAUGGACCUACAAACCAUGGAGUACAAGCUCGAACACAACCACUACAAUGAUCUAGAAGAGUUCACACGCGACGCGAAAUUGAUAUUCGCGAAUUGUCGGCAAUAUAAUGGGACGAGCGAAAAGGACAAUCAAUACACAAAGGCGGCGAAUAUCCUUGAAAAGGCGAUGGAUAAGAUCAUUGCGAGACGCACGAAAGCCCUCGGGGUAGGGGCAGAUCAGUUGAAUGAUAAGAACAAGAAGGGAUGAGGAGAUUCAUUGGUGGCGAGAAGGUAGACAGGACAGCACGCCAGUUCUGUGCCUCGAGGUCGGGUUGUAUAAUGCACACAUGCACAGCAUACGAGCUCAGGAUGAGCGCAACAGCCUUUCGGAACGGAAUCAAGCGUGAGGGUUGGAUACAUCCACGGCGUUGAGAAUGAGGACGCAAUAACAUCGCACCAAGCCUGACAAGCACACGUAUUGUGUGGUCUGACUUGCAGCAUAAUGCAGACAACUUAUUCCAGUGACGCCCUUCUGCGAGAGGCGCAAUUGUGAGAUCUUCUUAAAUGGGGUUCCAGCGUCAUCACAUCAUACGAGCUCAUUUGGCAUAUCACUACAAGUCUAGUCGGAUAUGACAAGUUCAACGUUCGUUUAGCGACCUGAUACCCGCGUGAGAGAUAUCCAGUGACUGGUCAGCACUGCCAGGAACAACCAGCAUCAGCAGAUGAAGGUGUACAUGCGUUCCCGGGUUGAUCUGCGCGGCAUA